AAGACGCGCUGACAUGGAUAAAGCACAAGCUUGCGGCGAUGGAGCGAAGAAACCAAUUUUGGUCAAACUUGUGCUUGUGGGAAAAGUUGGUGUUGGAAAAUCAGCAAUGAUCGUGAGAUUUCUAACUAAGAGAUUCAUAGGAGAGUAUGACCCCAACGUCGGUUCAAUAUAUCACCAUCAUACUAGACUGGAAAAUCAAGAUGUCCGUGUGGAGAUCCUGGAGUCUGGAGGCAAGGACUAUAUUGAGAAAAAUGACGUCCAUGCUCUGUGGGGAGACGCGUUUGUUCUGGUUUAUGCAGUGGACGAUCGAACAAGCUUUGAAGAACUUACUGCUGUUAGGAAUCAUCUGGAAAAAGUGCGAGAAGCUGACCAUCCUGUUCUGGUGUUGGUUGGAAAUAAGAGAGAAGUAGGGAGUGACCGAGUUGAAGUGUCGAAACAAGAUGGAAUUCAGCUUGCUGAAAAAUUGAACUGUUUGGCCUUUCACGAGGUUUCCACGAAGGCGAGCUAUCAAGACAUCGAAUUCGUGUUUAUAGAAGCAAUUCGAGAGACAAUGAAGUACAAAAUGACUCAACGGGUUCUGAACGGGGCAAGGAGAUCAUCUCACAGCAAAAUUAUGGAAAUGGUUGAGAAGAACGUGAGUCGAAACAGGGCCAUGUCAAGUGUUAAGGAGACCAUAGACGAGUAUUGCGCUACACGAACUGAGGAGCUCACCCGGGAUUUGUCACGCGAUCGGAGCAGCACCUUUACAUGAUAUGCAUAGAUCGAAUAAUGUCUUUGGAAUGGGAACGAGCCAAAAGAGGAAAGAUUUACAGGAAGGAGAAGCGAAACACGUAGGCGUUCCCUUCGUCUUUUGCACACCCACUUCAUUGAGCAUGGAGAUUUCUGAGUACUGCAUAGAGCUAAUUGCCCGGAAGGAGUUUCACUAAAGAAUCUAACAUAUGAGCAAUGGGGAAGG